UGUAUGUUGUGGUGGAACGAUCCUGCUCCCACCGCGGCCUUGAGCAGGUCUGCUUACUAACAAUGCUUACAGCAUUGAAGUAUACUAUUCAUGGUUGUAGAACGCAGCAUGUGAUUUUGAGGAGGAAGGGACGCCUGCGACACGGCACCUUGGGGGAGGACUGUAUUCGCCAUUGUUCAGCACAGAAGCAUCAAGAGCAUGAAGAUGAUGCGGCCAGCACAGUGAACACAGAUGAGGUUGCUAAGUUUAGUCGCAUGGCAGGGCAGUGGUGGGAUGAGCUUGGUGAAGUACGUCCACUCCAUGCUAUGAAUGAGCUCAGGGUGCCGCUGGUGCGCGACGGCCUGGUGGCGACGGGCGCCGUGGCGGCCGAGCGGCGCGGCGCGGCCCGGCCGCUGGAUGGACUCCUACUGCUGGACGUCGGCUGCGGCGGCGGCCUGCUGUCGGAGCCGCUCGCACGGCUCGGCGCCGAGGUCACCGGCAUCGACGCCGCCGAGGACAAUGUGCAGGUGGCGGAGCUGCACGCGGCGCAGGAUAGCCGGCUGCGCGCGCCCAGCCUGCGCCGCCCCCUCUAUCGUUGCUGCACCGUCGAGCAGCUGGCCGACGAGAGGCCAGCUGCCUUCGAUGCCGUGAUCGCGUCCGAGGUGCUCGAGCACGUGGACCACCAGAAACUGUUCGUGGAUAUGUGCUGUCGGCUGUUGAAGCCGGGCGGCUCGCUCUUCAUCACCACGCUGAGCCGGAGCACGCGCGCCUGGCUGGCCGCCGUGCUGGCCGCUGAGCACGUGCUCCGUCUGCUGCCGGUUGGCACGCACGACUGGAACAAGUUCCUCCGGCCCGAGGAGCUGCACGCCCUCAUAGCCGAGAACGAUAUGACGCUGAGGCUACAGCACGGCCUCCGCUACAACCCGGUAAGCGGCCGCUGGACCUGGACGGCCGACACAUCCGUCAGCUACGCCAUCCACGCCGUCGCGCCGACCGGGUAGGCGCUGCUGCCACCGACCCGGCCCACACAGAUGUGUGGCCAAACACACAGGACGUGCUGGAUGUGGUGCUGUGGUGCGAAGGAAAUGCUGUGAUGCCUCGGUACCCAGGAUGUGGAUGUGGUAUGCUUGUGCGCUGUGGUUGACGCGACACACGGCCUGUUAUGUGAAUCAGAAGAUUCUAAAAGCUCAGUCUGUUGACCUACGACAUUGAUGGUUUGAAACGCGAUAGAUAUGGCUAACGCGCCAUAUUUCACGAAGUCGAACCUAUAUCAACACCCGUAGAUUUUUUGCUGUGAAAAACGGACAAUAUAAAGUUACGCCCAGUGCUUGCA